AUGGCGGAGCCGCUGGCUCUGUUUGCGCUGGAUCUGCAGCAGCCAAGCGCCUUGGUAGCCGCAACCUCAGGUUAUUUCACGCAAGAGGAACCAACUGGUACGCGGGACUUGGUGCUGGUCCGCCAGAGUGGGAGCUACGGUGCGACAAUUGAGUGCUGGGCUUAUAACGCGGAACUGGGAAAACUACAGCGAGUUCAGGCGACGAGUGCCGCUUUCGCCGAGGCUUCCAACGGGGUCACGUUCGCGCAUAUUUGGCACGUUGCUCCGGUACGCAGCUGGAGUGGACCUGAUCACUUGCUUGUGGUUUCAGACUCUGGCACGCUGAGCUUGCUGAAAUGGUGCGGCUCGGAGGCCGUAUCCGCGGGUAGCAUUCGUGCUUCAUUGAGGCCGUGGUGCGUCGAGCAGGCUGCUGCCGCUGAUGCCGAUGUCACAUACGACAUUGGCUGGAAAUGCGUCAGCAGCGCUGUCUUCAGCAAACCGGGAGCACGAGCGAGUCGCCCCGGUGCUUUCCUAGCAAUCGAUGAACAAAGUCAAGCCUGUGCACUGGCUUCGUUGGACGGAUCGAUCUGUGCAUUUGCGCUUCCGCAGCACACCUCGGAAGCCUCGACUGCAUCAAAGGCUGGUCAUCGAUACUCGGGCAAGAAACGGAAUCCAGCGGGAACCGUACUUUCUCGAUCAGCGACGUCUGUGCAGACGAGUCGCGAGAAUCCUGUCCGUCGUUCAUCUCGACGCCGUAAACGCCCACUCGGUGCGGACGCAGCCUCCAGCGUAUCGAGUGUGGAAGCUGGGGCGAUGCACCCCGGCAGUCAGCGUGCGGCUAGCGACAGGCGUGCCUCGCGUCGAGACAAGCUGACGGAAGGUACCAGCACCCAUUUCACUGAUGAUAACGACGACGACGACGACGACGACGACGACGAUGACGAUGAUAGUGAUGAUGAUGAUGAUGAUGAUGAUCAUGACGAUGAUACGAAUGCCCGGCUCGGAGACGGUGCUCCAUCUGGUGACGCAGACGAAGACGGCCAUGAGGAUCCCGGUCGAACGACGAGAGGCUUCUCCGCCCCCAUCGAGUGGUCGACCGAAGAUCGAAUGGCGCUCGGUGUAGGCACAUGCUUCGGACUUGUCGCGCUACCGUGGUCUCGUGCAGAGAACGAGUCGCUGUUUGUCAUGCUCAUGGAUCGCUCACUAUCGACAGCAACAGUGGCGCCCGGACCUGAUCGUCGCUUGCUGCUCCUGCUGGUCGACCGUAACGCUCAAACCGUACACGCCAAGGCGAUGAGCAGCCCGCUGGACCCCAGUGCAUAUGGCAUCUAUGCGCUCUCUGACGGAAUGCUUCUCAUUGUAUCGCGCUCCACCGUUGAAGUCUGGUGCUUUCGCGGUACCCCGGAAGCGAACGCGAAUGAAGAGCCAUCGUCAGGGUUUUCGGCAAAUGCGGGGACGUUCUCCUGCCUCGCGAAGCUUCCACACCGAGCGCUGCUUACCAGGAGGUCCUCGACGAGAGACGGCGCUCAUGAUAUCACGGUGCGUAACGCCUUGUUCGACAGCGCACACCUCCAGGCAAACGGGGAACCUUCGGGGAGCGUUCUCAUAACAGCAGCCGCGCUCUGGGAGGCAGCUUGCUCAAGGGAACAGCUUUGCGUGCUCCUUGGCGACGAAGAUGGCUAUCUAUUCCGGUUGACGAUUGUGCUCAGGCCCGUCGAGGACGGCAUCCAAAGCGAAGCACUUUCCGUGCGGAUGUUGGGACGCUUCCACGCACCCGUUAGCGCUCUCUGUUUCCUGGGCGGUGAUGACAUUGCAGCAGCCGCGGUCUUUGUGACCCUGGAGCAAGGGGAUCAUGCCGUUGUGCUCCUCGAUAGGCCGCAGCUGCAAGCUGGGAAGCGCGACUCGCUUCCGGUCGCAUCCGCGCUGCCGGAUACGAGCAGCGACGGCACCUCUGCGUCCAGAACGGAGCACCUGGCGGGCCUUGACGACGCCAUGAGCAACAGCAACAACACGCUGAGCAUUGUCGAUACGAUACCUGGUCACCAUCCGGUGAUCAUGAGUUUGCUGUUGCGGACGGAUCGCUGCUGCCAAGCUGAAGCAGCACAAACUGGCUGCCUGCCGACCUGGCAGUUACUGGGAGCGUCAGCUACCGCUGAUCCCAAUGAAACCCCCCUCCGUAUCUUCGUACCAAUGCGGGAUACAGUAGCACUGGCACAGUCACCGGUGGACGGUCGAGCACAGCGGGUCUUCGCCCUGCCGCCGCUGCUCCAGCGUUCUACCACGGAACCGGCUGCAACGUUGCCGCCUGAAUCAGUCUCCGAUACCGCAACUGUUGCUCUCCUGGUGCUCUCGUUUACCCAGCAGACGCGAGUGUUUCGCUUCCAGUCCCUGGCGCUUCACGAGGAACACACGCUCGGUUUCGAGCACAACACGAGCACCGUUCAUGCAGCACUGCUCUGCAGUGACUGGUCGCGUAGCGCUUGCUGCUGGGUUCAGGUUCACAGCCAUGGGGUGCGCUUGAUCGGUGCGGCGUCCUCGGACUCAAGAAGCGCCUCUGUGGUCGACGUGUACACCGCCAGCACGCAGCAGCCCAUUGUAGCGGCCGAUAGCACUCUAUCCCAAGUGCUGCUGCUCCUCGCCGACGGUCAACUGGUCUACCUGGUAGCUUCCGACACCGAUUCGGAUUCUGACAAGCAAUCCAAAGUCAGAGGUAACGCUUCUCCGCCGGCCAUGGAGCUCGGAUUCGGGCCCCGGAGUGCUUUACAAAGCGCUGCGGCGGCUAAUGCGCCCACCGAAGCUCCUCCACGAAUACCACCGUCGCCAACGAGUCGUGCUGUGGCCUGCUGCCUGGUGCCGCUGGAUAAUCCAUCAUGGUCCUCGUAUUUGGUUUACGUCGAAGCGGGUGCAUCUCCAGUGCUGCGCAUCUGUCAGGUGCCGGAGCGAGCGACGCACGCUCCCGUGCAGUGCCUGUACAGCGUGCUUCUGCCGCAGCUGCCAACCGGGAUAGCUGCAGUGCACACCGCAGGCACAGCGUCGCUUGUCGACCUCUGGGCAGGCCUCGAAGACGGUACCUUGCUGCGCGUUGAGGCGGUAGAUGUGGCCGAGCUCCAGAUGACAACAGAGCGAGGCACACCACGUCUGCACAGGUAUCACCUCGGAGCGGCAGCCGGUCUGCGCCUGCGUCGCGUGCUGGUGCCACCAGCGCUCGGCACAGAAGCGUUGCUGGUGUUGGGCUCGAGUUCCUGGUUGAUACCACUCUCGUCGUCGUCGUCGUCGUCGUUAUGGACGCAUCCGUACCCCAUUCACGCUGGGCAGCUACUCGAUGCCGCCAGUUUUCCCCUGCCGCAGAUGUGCUCCACCGUGGAUCCCGAGACGCACUCAGAGGCUGUUGCGGUGUUUCCAGCGGCAACAGCGAUCGCAGCGCUCAGCGAACAGGGUCGCACGCUCGAGUUUCUCAGCUUUGCCGCCGACGACUCGAGCUCUAACCUGCUCACCAUUCGCCCAGUGUCGAAGCCGCAGCCAGCAGAUGCUGCUGCAUCAGGAACCACUGUGUCACGGAAGGUUGUCCGCAAACUCUGCUGGAUCUUUCCCAAUGAACUUGCCGCCAUUGCGAUAAGUACAGAAGGCGAACGCGGACCCCAGGUUCAGUUGCAGCUGGUACAGGUCCCCGGAUCAGAACGGGUAGCGUCGCAGCACUUGUCAUCGAGCGACAUGGAGUCGCAUGCUUUCUGGCAGCAUUUGCGGCUUGACGGAGGUGUGCGUAUCGCCGGUGCACCCGCCUGGGGCGGUAUACGCGUCACCAGUAUGAUCAGCGUCGAUUUACCGUCAUUAUCAUUACCAUCGUCAGAUACAAAGAACGAACAGCAGCUUCACGCUGCCGGUCGAAUGCCUGUUGCCCUGCUGGUUGCCGUUGCACCCCCAGCUGCUGAAGCGGAAACCGCGCCGGAAAGCGGCGAUGUAGCGCGGGCGUUCCUCCUGACGUAUCUGGUGGAGCGGCAGGCAGCGAGCGAUGCGCCCUGGAAACUCGUCCUGACUGAGCGCUUAUCGUUUCCCGAAUCCAUUGGUGACCUAUCUAGGGUUGGGCGGCACCUCGUGGUUGCCCACGGCAAUCGUCUGGCACUCUAUACGCACACGCGUUGCGGCUGGCGCCCGUUGACCGUGAGUAAGCGCGCACUUGCCUCUCCUAUCGUCGCACUGACCGCUCACGAAGCACUGUGUCGUAUUUUCGUCGCUAGUUUACAUCACGGCAUUAGUUUAUUCAAGUACUAUGUACAAGAGAAUCGACUUGUUCUAGUGGCUGAGGACAUGCAGCGGCGCUGGAUCCAUCGGCUCCAGCUACUCGAUGCAGAUACCGUUGUUGCCGCUGACAAGUUCGGCUCCAUCGCGGUGCUGCGUCUGCCGGUUGAGUCCAGUGCAGCGAUUGAGGGUGAUCCCAGUUACGGGCGUCUGGCUGAGCGGUACGGAGCCAGUCCCGAGUCAGCGCGUUCUUUUGUGGCGCGUCUCAUGCCCGAAUGCUCGGUCCAUGUCGGUAGCGUGGUGACGAGUCUCCAUGUUUUCGGCUACGGAGCCGCCACCGAUCCAGAUGCAACCCCAGCAUCCGCACCCCGAUCAUGGACAGAAGCGGAAGCAAUCCUCUACGGUACCGUGAGUGGAGGAUUCGGGAUGUUGAUUCCUUUUCGAACGCGAGCCGAAUGGGAUAUUGUGCAGCGCCUCGAACGAGAGCUGCACUUGUUCUGGGCGAAAUGCUGUGCACCCGGGCACACAAUGGAUGCAACGCAUACCCGGAACCUGCUGCACGCGUCCGUGCUGCGCUUUCAAGGAAGGAUCGAACCGACACGCCAUGUUGUCAACGGGCACUUGUGUGGAUUAUUUGCCCUCUUGGAUCCUGAGACACAGCGGAGCAUUGCGGCACGUGUGUUGGGUCUCCAGGAACCGUCGACACCAAGCGAAGAACAGCGAGCGCUGACGCUCCUGCUCAGCACGUUGCAUCGACUGUAUGCACGGGUGCUGUGGCCGCUUGGACACGAGGUUCAGGCGGCUCCGUUGCAUGCGACGUAA